AAAGAAACACACAGACACACACAGACACACACACACAGAGUCACACACUGAAAACACACUCCAUCAGCCAUGGAAAUCGGAAUAGUGGAUCACGACAUCCCUGACGACAGCCACGACUUCUACGACAUCUACUUCUACUCCGACCGCAUCAACACAAUGGUCACCCACGACCCUUCCCAAGUCUCACGCUGGCUCUCCCACACCCAGAGAAUCCACCGCCAUCGUCUGAACAACCUCAUCGUCGGCCUCGACGUUGAGUGGCGUCCCAGCUUCAGCAAGUACCACAGGAACCCAGUCGCCACUCUCCAGCUCUGCGUGGGCCGCCGUUGCCUCGUCUUCCAAAUCCUCCGCUGUUCCCGCGAGUACAACGAGGACGAGUUCAUUCCCGAGGAUCUCCGAGAUUUUCUCGCCAAGGAGGACUACACUUUCGUCGGAGUUGGGAUCCAGAACGAUGUUCAGAAUCUGGAGGGGGAUUAUGGGCUGGAAGUUAGUGGGAGGAUUGUGGACUUGCGUCGGUUGGCUGCUGGUGAGUAUGAUAGGAAGGAACUGAGAAAUGCUGGGAUGAAAGAGCUGGCUAGAUUGGUGCUUGGGAGAGAAGUUCAGAAGCCCAGAUGGGUGACUAUGGGUAGGUGGGAUAGCCGCUGGUUGAAUCCUGAUCAAGUCCAGUAUGCCUGUGUGGAUGCUUUUGUUUCCUUUGAGAUUGGCAGGCGUUUGGAUGCCGAUGAAUAUGAGGAUUAAUCUAGGAUCAACAGUGGGUAAAUAUACUCCCUAAUAGUACUUGUUUAUGGCCUAUUGGGUUUUGAGAUUAGUAGUUUGGAUGUUUUUGGGUUAUGGGGUUUUUUUGUGGUGCUUAGGGAGUUGAGGUGUUGAUGAAUGUUAUGUUAGACUAUG